AUGUCAAUGUUGUUGCCACUCGUCUUCUUCUUCUGCUUCUUCUUCUCGACCUCUCGCGCAUUAUGGAUAACGAUACCAACCGGCGGCACCAAGUGCGUUUCCGAAGAAAUCCAUAGCAACGUCGUCGUUUUGGUCCAUUACGCUCUCGUCGGUGGUACCCCCAACAGCACCAUUUCCUCCAAGGUGUCAUCACCAUAUGGAAACGACCUUCAUCACUUAGAUAACACACGGGUGGGUAAUUUGGCUUUUACAGCUCGAGAGAGUGGACUGUACCUUGCAUGCUUCUGGGUGGAUCGUAAUGAUCGAGGAGGAGACAUUAUUUUGGACCUUGAUUGGAAAACUGGAAUUGAAGCUAAGGAUUGGGAUUCUGUUGCUAAAAGAGAGAAGAUUCAGGGAGUAGAGCUUGAGUUGAGAAGGCUAGAAGGAUCGGUGGAGUCUAUCCAUGAGAAUUUGAUGCAUCUGAGGGGAAGGGAAGCAGAGUUGAGGAACCUGAGUGAAUCAACGAAUGCGAGAGUGGUGUGGUUUAGCUUUUUGUCCUUAGGUGUCUGCAUCACAGUUUCAGGUUUGCAGUUGUUGCAUUUGAAGCGAUACUUCCACAAGAAAAAGCUUAUUUAG